AUGGUCCGCCUUGCUCACGCUUUCGUUUCUCUACUCGGUUUGUCGCCAUUUGCCAUGGCACAAACCAUCCCUCAGGUUACUCUAUGGAAAGACAUGUAUUACGAAGGAGACAGUGUCCAAGUCCCCGCGGACAACCACUGCCAUGCCCUCAGCGAGUUCCAGCCCGAUUUGACCCGCCAGGUUUCAUCUAUCCAGAUUCCAGACGGUAUUCAAUGCUAUCUUACAGAGUGGGAGUGUCUUGGUAUCAUUGACGAUGCUGAUACCAAGAUUAUUGGCUCUCCUGGGAUAAGUAGUCUUUACAACGUUGAUUUCAAUAACAAGUUGGUGAAUAUCGCUUGUCUCACUCCUGCGUAG